CCUACACACUCCUUAUCUCUAUUUCCCUGUCCGCAGCCAUGCUGCUCUCCUCCGGCUCAUUCCUGAAAGCCCCUUACUCUCUCACAACCAACCCUUCAAAUUUCCUCAAUGGCUCCACUCCUCUUCUUCGCAAACUCCACAUCACCUCUUUCCCCUCUCCUCCUCCAGCUCCCUCCUCUCUCUCCAUUCAGGCCAUGAAGAAGCUCCAGGGUAGGGUGGUGUGCGCCACCAGUGACAAGACCGUGGCCGUGGAAGUCAUUCGCCUUGCGCCUCACCCCAAGUACAAGCGCCGUGUCCGCAAGAAGAAGAAGUAUCAGGCUCAUGACCCCGAUAACAAGUUCAAGGUCGGGGAUUUCGUCCAGCUCGAGCAGUCUCGCCCUAUCAGCAAGACUAAAACCUUCAUCGCCAUUCCUGUUCCCUCCCGCAAUGCUCCCAAGACCGAAGAGCCUCUCCCCUCUUCGAUCCUCAACCUUCCGCUCCAGUCUCAGGGGAAAUCGCCAAUUCCAGAAUGAGGUUGAGCAGGAGGAAGCGGCGGAUGCAGAGAAACUUUUGCUAUAUUAACAGGUGCAUGAGCAUUACCAAAAGGAGUGCAGCAUGGACAAGCCAAAGCUUUCGCAUUUGCAAGACUUUAAACUUUUUUAGCUGUUUUGGGUUUCUAUUGCUCUUCUUUUGAUAUCACAUCUACUGCUUGUAUGGUAAAUGAUGUGACAUUUUUUAACAAUCAACAUGUUAUUGCAUAGCUUAUACCUCCUUUAUCUUCUUCUACAUGCUAAGAUGUAAGAGAUUUUACUAAAACACAAAGCAUUUCAUCAUGGCUUAGGGUGUUUUAUUCAAAUAUAAAUAUAAUGGCAAAGGAGCCGUAUUAAGGUUA